AGAUAAUGUCUUACGAAAGUGAAGAUUAUAAUAUUCAAAAUGAUAGGAAUAAUUAUGAAAAUGAUAGUUGUAAUUAUCUACUAUCUUCAUUAAAUAGUAUAAAUGAAGAAAAUGUUUAGUAAUAAGAUGAAUAAUAUAACAAAAAAGAAAUUUAAAAAAUACGAUUAAUUUCUGAAUAAUAAGUCUAAAUCAAUGAUAUAGGUUGGAAUUUAUAAGAUGAAUCCAAUCAAAUGGAGGAAGAUAUGCUAUCUUAUUAAAAUUAAUCUCCUAAAAAUUCUGUAGGCAAGAGUAGUGAUGAUGAUUAUUCUAGAUAGGGUGAUGUAAAAUAGAAAAUAGUGAAGCCUUAAAUAACUACAGAGAAAAUAGUAAACACUAAAUAAAAGAAGAGAACUAAUGAUAUCAUCAUAGUUGAAUAAAAAAAAAAGAAAUAACAAAAUUAGUAAGUAGAAACCAAAAACUUACCUAAUUAUUUUGGUAGACACAUUUUAAAAAGAAUAUAAAGUAAAUUAUAAGAUGAGUAAAAUUCAAUUACAAGAUGUGAAUUGAAAAAUAAGCUUGAUAAAUAUAGUAGAAAAAAAUUUUAAUUUACACUUAAUUCAUUAAGAAACCUUUUAGAUGAGUCAUAUUGCAGAGAAGAAGCAAUCAAAUAUUUAACCAGUUUUGAUUUUUUGGAUGACUUACUGUAAUCAGAUAAACAACAAGACAUAAAACCAUAAAUAAAAUAUGUUAAAAGAAUGUAUGAAGGAUGUCUUGACAGAGAAAAAUUAUUAUAAUGGAAAGAUUCUUGA